GCGUGGAUGGCCAAUCAAUUAUCUACAAGAUAUGGUUGAAAAACUUGAUAGUACUUACGGAUCUUGUAUAUCAAAAGUUAUAACAAUUGAUGAUAUACAAUUAAUAGCAGCUUCUUUACGAGAUCGAAAACCUCAAUGUAUAAUUGCAACAGCAUCUACAACAGCAAAAGCUGAUGAGGUUGAAUGUGUAGUUAAAAAUAAUACUGGCUCAACAACUAUUAAAUUUACAAGACCUAAAGUCUUUUAUGAAUACUCACAAGCUAAAGGGGCCGUGGAUAUUAAUAAUCAAGUAUGUUAA